GCGGCGGGUCGGCGUCGCGGGGCUCCAUGUCGUCAUAGGCGGUGGCCAUUUUUGCGGGCGGAGGUGGCUCCGGAGAUCGCUAGGAGAGCGGGGGAGGGCGGCGGGCGGGCCUGAGGCAGUGGCCCGGCGGCCUCAGCCAUCCAGUAAUCGCAUCUUUUCCCGGCGUCUGGUCUGCAGAGGGAGCGCUAUGUCCGCGGAAGUCCCCGAGGCGGCCUCGGCGGAGGAGCAGAAGGAAAUGGAAGAUAAAGUGACCAGUCCGGAGAAAGCUGAAGAAGCAAAAUUAAAAGCAAGAUAUCCUCAUCUGGGACAAAAGCCUGGAGGUUCAGAUUUCUUAAGGAAACGAUUGCAAAAAGGGCAAAAAUAUUUUGAUUCUGGAGAUUACAACAUGGCAAAAGCAAAAAUGAAGAACAAGCAACUUCCUGCCGCAGCCCCAGAUAAGACGGAGGUCACUGGUGACCACAUUCCCACUCCACAGGACCUUCCUCAACGGAAACCAUCCCUUGUUGCUAGCAAGCUGGCUGGCUGAUUAAAAGAGCUGAACUGCAUGAAUACUCUAAUUCCCAUUAUUUCUCCUUAUUAUGUUACUUACCCUCUUUUUAUUUCCUUUCACUAAGUCGUUUGAAACUGAAAGCUUUGCAGGUAGCAGUAGUGUGUGCUGCUAUUGUAAGGGAAUAUUACGCGUGUAGAGUGAUUAGUUUAACAGUGGCACUGAUGAAAAGGACAUGUUAGAGCAACAUAAGUAAUCUACUUGAAAAUAAUUGUAUAUAUUACCUAACUACUAGUGUAGAGCUGGUUGCAACAAGCAAGUUUAACAGUUUUAAUGUUUUGGCUUUAAUUACUUCAUCUUAAUUAUAGCUUUGUAUGUUACUCUUAUUUAAUAUAAUUUCUGUUGUAUUGAUUUCUUCUGUAUUUACCUUUUGGAUUUGUAAAACAGAAGUUUAAGACCACAAGUUUGGAAGAAGAUUACAUAUUUCAAACACAAAUAGAUGGGGCUCUGAAAGAUUUGUAUCUCUGUGCUUGAACUUGAAUGGCCUUAAACCUGUUUCAGCUUUAACAGUAGCAUUUUACUUGGGCAAUAUUUGCCCUCUCGGUGUAACUUAUGUGACUCUAGUGCUUAACAGCUCCCCAUGAAGCUAGUAUCCUUACUCGGUUCUGUAGUUUUAGAAUACCUUUUGUUGAGGAUGUGAAUGAAGUGUGCAUGUGCAUCGACUGUUGAAUUCACUUUUGUGCCAUUUUUGUAAAUACAAUAGUUUUGCACAACCUCUCA